ACGGGCAGUUUGAUCAGAAUGCGCACGUCCUGGAUUUACGUAUGUUAAAAAUGGUGUCCUUUAGAUUGUGCGCGCUGCUAGCUCUUGCGGGAGUAGGGUGCAUUUAUGCUCAACCCCCGGUUUCCUCUAGUUCUCCUUCACCUCCGCUGAGCCCACCACCACCACCACCCUUUGUAGGAGGCCAAGCGGGGAUAUUUAACGGUGCGCCUGCGCUACCUCUUGCUCUCCCGCCUCCGGGCGGUUCGGUACCAGAACCACUAUUGCCGCUUUCCGGAACACCAGGAUCGGCACCUCCUCCACCACCGCCAGGAGCACCCGUUCCGCCGCCAUUUGCUGGAAGCGGCGAAAGCAGCAGCUGCAGCGAAGAAGAAAGCGGCAGCGAGGCUGCCGACGGACCUGCCGACCACCCCGGCUUUCCAGGCUUUCAACCGAAUUCUCAUGGAAAGCCAAAUCCUGGAAAGGUCCUUCCUCUAAUCGUUUUAAAGAAGAUCAUUCGUGGUGAUCCUUUAAAGAUUUCACUCCAACACGGAAAGAAAAUCAAGUUUGAACAAAAAGGUCACAAAGGUCAUCCUGGAAAGCCACAGCAUUCCGGGGAAUCUCGAGAGCACCAUUCCGGGUCCGGUGCUGUUGCACACCAGCGACCUCCUCGUCCGAGUGGCAAUCGUGCAGCCACGAUCAGUAAUGGGCCGUCAAUGCAAAAUCCGAGUGGACCUAGUUCAUUUCAGCCAGCUGGAUACGGGUACAAUCCUUAUGGUUAUUAUGGAUAUCCCACUUUUAAUCCGUACGGGUAUCCCCAAGCUGGUGGCCAAUAUGGAGUUAAUCAAUACGGAUACAACCAACCUAGUGGUCAAAAUGUAUUUAACCAAGCUGGCAGUACCAGUCAAAACGGACUGCGACCUCCUCCAGGUCCUUUUGGUCCACCUCCUCCAGGUCCCUUUGGUCGACCUCCACCACCUGGCCCACCGUUUCCGUAUGGUCCUCCUCCUCCCUGGGGACCACCUGGGCAAGGACCGCCCGUAAACCCUAGCAUGCCACCAAAUGGAGCCGGCGCCGGGACUAACCCAGUUAGCCCGGUCAACCCAGGUCAAGGUCCAGUGAAUCCGACCAACCCCAUUAACCCAGUCGGUCCCAUUAACCCAGUGAAUCCGACCAACCCCACUAAUCCAGUCGGUCCCUUUCCAGUGAAUCCGACCAACCCCAUUAACCCAGUCGGUCCCAUUAACCCAGUGAAUCCGACCAACCCCCUUAACCCAGUCGGUCCCAUUAAUCCAGCGAUUUCGGCGGAUACCAAUCAGCCAACUCGUGCCAAAAGUUUUGAUUUCGGUGGCUGAUCGUUGAAAAACCGUUCUCAUGUAAUUCAGCCUGUUGACUUGCAAUAAUGACGGUGUUAAUGAAUGAUUAAUGUAGUUAAUCAUAGUUAAUUGUGGGCCAAUAUCCAUCCCAUUUCUUGUUUAUGGCUGUUCGUCAGCUUUCAUUGGUUGCUUUGUUUCUUGAGAGAUUGAGAUUCUGAGCGGUUUCUGCGCUGCUGAAGUGUUGGUGUGUUCAUUUGAAAUCAUUUCUGUAGUUUGGCAGUGAAUUUUUUCUUAUCAUGCAAACUGAUUGGUAUAGUUAUUCCUCACAGCAAAACCGUUGUUUCAGCCGGCUACGCGGCCGGUAUUUGAAUGACCUUUUCUUAACUGCUUGUUUAGGUUACGAUAAAUCGUUUGAUCAUCCUG